AUGGCGAAUCUUGCAAAUACCAUGGAGGCAAAUGCUGUUGCGACUCUGCAAGCUGUGCAGAGGUUAGGCCAACAAGCUGGAAACGGAAACGGAGAUGGAAACGGAACGAUAAUGUGGAAGGAAAUGGUUCAUCCACCAAGUUUCAGAGGUUCAAUCAACCCUACAGAAGCAGAUAAUUGGUUCCAGGCCAUGGAGCAUGCGUUACAAGCACAGCAUGUUUCGAACAACCAGUAUGUAGAAUUUACUGCGUAUCAGCUUUUGGGAGAGGCUCAGCAUUGGUGGCAAGGAGAGUGCCAGUUGCUACGACUUCCGAAUGUAGAAAUCCCUUGGGAUGUAUCCCAAACAGCUUUCUACAAGAAGUACUUUCUUGAAUCUGCUAGGGAAGCGAAGGAGAUGGAGCUUAUGCAGCUGAAACAAGGUUCCUUGUCUGUGGUGGACUAUACUAGCCAAUUUGAGGAGCUCUGUAGGUUCUCUAGGGCGUGUCAGGUACCCCAGAGAUCUAUGAAAGUUGGAAGUGCAUUAAGUAUCAAAGGGGCUUGA